GAAUAUCGUCGUCAUUUUUGACCCAUAAACGGAAGCUUAAUAAGUCCCUGCUUUGGCACUGUGUCGAAACCCACGCGUUCCUCACUACAAACAAUCCACACCAACUCCACCUAAAAUAACCAAAGCUCGCACCUAUGGAGACCAAGGCGAUUAGGGUUUUUCUCUUCGCUCUCCUCCUCAUCGCAGCCCCUUUCCUCCAAGUCGCCAGGGGUGAGUCUGAUUCGGAAGUGGAUACUUCUGAAACCGUAGAAGAAAGCAGUGAUCUCGGGAUUGUUGGCGAGGAUGUACAAGAUUUUGGAGAUGGAAAUUUUAGCCCAGCUCCCGGUGUUGAUACGAUCUGUGUCUUCCCCAAAAACAGCGCUAAAUCGGUGACAGCAGGGGAAGAGACUGAACUAUUGGUUGGACUGAAAAAUGAUGGGGAGUCAAGCUUGAAUGUGAUUGCAAUCAAAGCCAGUGUCCAUCUCCCUUUUGAUCACAAUCUAUUGGUUCAGAAUCUUACUGCACAGGCUUUUAACAAUGGGUCAGUUCCAGCUUCGGCUCAGGCUACUUUCCCAUACAUAUUUGCUGUCAGCAAGUUCUUGCAGCCUGGAACUUUUGAUCUUGUGGGUACCGUAUAUUAUGAGAUAGACCAGCAACCAUACCAGAGCACCUUCUACAAUGGUACCAUUGAAGUUGUUGAGGCUGGUGCUUUCCUGAGCAUUGAGUCUGUUUUUCUUGUCACACUUGGAUGUGCCCUUCUUGUCCUCCUAGGUCUAUGGAUUCAUGGCCAAAUACAACACCUGUCCAAGAAAACCAAGAGGGCUCCCAAGGUGGAAGUUGGAACCAGGGCUACAGAUGCCUCAAUGGAUGAAUGGCUUCAGGGAACUGCAUAUACUCAGUCACUCAACAAAUCAUCAAAGAAGAAGAAAUAGAUUACAGAAUUUGGCGCAGUUCAUCUGCACAGGACAUUACAGUGAAGUGCAGACUCUUGUAACUCACGCUAGGGAUGUGGAGAUAUUUAAGAGAGGGGGAAAACUCCAGCUAGUUAUGGAAAUUAGACCAGAAAAAACGGAGAAAAAAAACCUUGCCUUGGUGUUGUAGACUUGAAAGAAUUUUUUACAUUUCAUUUUUAGAGAUGAAGUUGAGAAGUAAAACUAACGCAGA